GUGCCACAGUCUUGACUUCUGAGCAAAUUGGAGAGAUUAGAUAUCUCAAAAAUCAAGUUCCCACGUAUAUAAUAGUAAGGGAAUAUCAUAUCAAUAAAAAUCGCGUUUAUGAUAUAUGGAACGAUUGCGAGCGCUUACAGCAAAAUGAAAACCAUUCCUUUGAGGAGCUUAGGAGAGCUCAUUCCAUCUCUUCAGAGAAUGAUUCAGAAGUUCAUACUAAACUGCCUUGUGAAGCGCCUGAUGAGUCAACUCCAAAAGAAUCAUCUGAGAUCGUGGGGGUCCCUCUGAAACCAUCAUCCGCUGAGAUGAAUGUGCAAGAAAAGCAAAAAAAGAAAAAGAAACUGUUAAAGUCCGGAUCCAUUCGAAAUUCUGACUUACCUGAAAUUUUGGCAGUGGGUCCCUGCCAAAACUCCUUACUAGAUGUCUCACAUGAUCUAAUUGCUUCGAUUAAAAAAGAUCGUAUAGAAUCAGAAAAAUCUAUGCGUGAAUCAGAAAAGCUCUUUGCUCUCAACUCACCUUUUCAACAUAUUCAGUAA